AUGGAGGAGGUGGUGGUGCUGAUAGUGGGAGCUGGCCCUUCAGGCCUAGCGGUCUCCAAUUGUUUAUCUCACCUAUCAAUUCGAAACAUAGUUCUAGAGAGAGAAGACUAUUGUGCCUCGUUGUGGAGAAAGAGAUCAUAUGAUCGCUUGAACCUCCAUCUUGCUAAGGAAUUCUGUUUACUGCCCUACAUGCCCCAUGCAUCGUCAUCCUCCACCUUCAUGUCCAGAAAAUCCUUCCUCGAGUACAUCGACUCUUACAUCUCUAGGUUCGGCAUUGAGCCCCGGUACUGUCGUUCCGUCGAAGAGGGCUCGUACAUCGAGAAUGAGAGGAAGUGGAGGGUCGAAGCUAGGAAUACGUCAACCCAAGAGAAGGAGGUCUAUAUGGCCCAGUUCUUGGUCGUGGCAACGGGCGAAAACAGCAAGGGUUUUAUCCCCGAGUUGCCCGGGUUGGACGGUUUUGAAGGGAAGACCAUCCAUUCGAGCGAGUAUAAAUCCGGAAAAGAUUAUGAGAAUAAAGAAGUUUUAGUAGUUGGGUGUGGAAAUUCGGGGAUGGAGAUUAGCUAUGAUCUAUCAAACUUUGGUGCUCAUACUUCAAUUGUGAUUAGGAGCCCACUUCAUGUGCUCAACAAGGAGAUGGUUUAUGUUGGAAUGCUAUUAUCCAAGUAUGUCCCAAUGACAGUCGCCGAUGCCGUGAUGACAUUUCUUGGGAAGCACUGGUAUGGUGAUUUGACUAGGUAUGGGAUCCGUCAACCGGCUAAAGGCCCAUUUUACCUGAAAGUGGAGAGUGGAAAAACUCCAAUAAUUGACGUUGGCACGGUUAAGAAAAUCCAAUCCGGAGAUAUUAUGGUUCUUCCUGAAAUAGUGAGAAUUAAUGGUAAUAAUGUUGUGUUUCAGAAUGGCGUUGUUAAGCGAUUUGAUGGGAUUAUCUUCGCAACAGGCUACAAGAGUACUGCAAAUUAUUGGCUCAAGGAUUACGAGUACAUACUGAACAAAGAAGGGAUGCCGAAACGCCCGUGCCCGCAUCAUUGGAAGGGAGAGAACAACAUUUAUUGCGCAGGUUUCUCUAAGCAAGGGUUGGCAGGGAUCGCGAGAGAUUCGGUGGCCAUCGCCAAUGAUAUCAAUGAAGUUCUAAACGGAAUAAAAGGGAAGACUAAACUGAACUAA